AUGUUUAAAGAUUUUUUGCUGCUAAAUUUAUUUCCUGUAAACUGUAGUACUCAUAUUUUUUUUCGGAGUCUUACAAUAAAUCUUUCCAAAUUUUAAUGUUAAGAUAACUGUAAAGAAUGCUAUUUUGGAUUUUGUCAAAAAUGUGAAUAAGAUUAUUUAUUAAUUAAAUAAACAAAUGAGUGUAACAUUAAAGUGCAAUGUAAUCCAGAAAAAGGUCUUUACUACAACGAUAUCCUUAAUUAAUGUUAUGAGAUACAAUCAAAUUAAAUUAUUAUUUUUAUUACAUUAUAGAUUUACAGCUUAUUAUAAUUUAGUUUUUCUUCUUUGAAAAAGUGAAUAUAAUAUUUCGGUGGAGAUGGUAUUAUAUCUGAAAAUGAAUAAUGUGAAGAUUAUAAUUUAGAUCCAUAUGAUGGUUGUUAUGAUUGCAAAUAUUCAUGUUAUUCUCAUUGUCCAUUAUGCAUUCAAGGAGUUUGUACUGAUGAUGGUUCUACAUGUUAGAAAGGUUAUUAUUUUGAUAAAGAAACUGGGUUUUGUUUUAAUGUUUGUGGAGAUGGAAUAAUUGCAAUGCCUGAUGAAGAGUGCGAUGAAAUCAAUAAUACUGAUUGUGUGAAUUGUAAAAAGAUUAAUGAAAAAAAUUGUAAAAUUUUAAUGAAAUAAAUAAGUGUGUUGCUUGUUUGGAUAAUUUUUAAAUUGUAGAUGAAGUAUGUCAAUCUCAACCAAAAUAAAUUUGUGAUGUUCAAAAUUGUGUAAAUUGUUAAAAUAAUAUUUGCAUUUAAUCUUCACAGACCUAAAUUAAUAAUUAGAAUUAAGAAAAUAUAAUUUUGUAUUAUUGCGGAGAUGGCUUAAUUAAUUAAAAUGAAUUUUGUGAUGAUGGUAAUUUCAUCAAUGGAGAUGGAUGUGAUUCGAAUUGCCAACCUUCUUUAAACAGUAUUUUUAACUAAACGAAUGCAUUUAAAUUUUCUAUCCAUCUCCUUAGAUUAAAUAUAUAUAAUAAAUACAAAAUUGUUAAAUCCUAACAUUAUAUUAUGA